GUAACUAUCGCCCUCCAGUAUCAUGGCGUUAGCGGGGAAGUUAUCCCAGUUGCCCAGAUUGGGAUCAUAUGUUGGGAGAAGUCGUAGUUUAAUAUUUAACAGAAUACAAAGACGAGGGAUCGCAGCUUGUAUCGACCCUUCAACCGGCCUCACCGAUGAACAGAAGGAAUUUCAGAGGGUGGCGUUCGACUUCGCAGCCAAUGAGAUGGCGCCGCACAUGGCGGAGUGGGACCAGAAAGAAAUAUUCCCUGUUGAGACCAUGCGGAAGGCCGCAGCGCUCGGGUUCGGUGGGAUCUACGUUCAGCCGGACGUGGGCGGCUCUGGUCUCUCCCGGCUGGACACGUCCGUCAUCUUUGAGGCCUUAUCCACUGGCUGCGUCAGCACUACGGCCUACAUCAGCAUUCACAACAUGUGUGCCUGGAUGAUUGACACAUUUGGCAGUCCUGAGCAGAGGGAGACGUACUGCCCAGACCUUUGCACGAUGGAGAGGUUUGCCUCCUACUGCCUCACUGAGCCCGGCAGUGGAAGUGAUGCUGCUUCGUUACUAACCAAUGCACAGUUAAAAGGUGACCAUUAUGUCCUGAAUGGCUCCAAGGCCUUUAUCAGUGGGGGAGGGGACACAGAUGUGUACGUAGUCAUGUGUCGAACCGGUGGCAAGGGUGCCAAGGGAAUCUCCUGCCUGGUGGUGGAGAAAGGAACGCCAGGACUCAGCUUUGGCAAGAAGGAGAAGAAGGUGGGCUGGAACUCGCAGCCAACACGUGCUGUCAUCUUCGAGGACUGCGCAGUUCCGGUGACCAAUCGCCUUGGCCAGGAGGGCCAGGGCUUCAACAUCGCCAUGAAAGGCCUUAACGGAGGCAGGAUCAAUAUUGCUUCCUGUUCCCUCGGGGCAGCACACGCCUGUGUCCAGCUGGCAAGAGACCACCUAACGGUCCGCAAGCAGUUCGGGGAGGCGCUGUCCAAUAACCAAUUCCUCCAGUUUAAGCUGGCAGAGAUGGCCACCAGGCUGGUGGCCUCGCGGCUGAUGGUACGAGAGGCAGCGGUGGCCCUGCAGGAGAACCGGCCAGACGCAGUCGCCCUCUGCUCCAUGGCCAAGCUGUUCGCCACGGACGAGUGCUUCCAGAUCUGUAACCAGGCCUUGCAGAUGCAUGGAGGUUAUGGCUACCUAAAAGACUACGCUGUGCAGCAGUUCGUCCGGGACAUCAGAGUGCAUCAGAUACUUGAGGGCACUAAUGAAGUGAUGCGUAUGAUCAUCGCCAGGAAUCUAUUAACGGACUAAUAAAACAUUAUCAUGGUGCCUGACUGCGAGUCAGCGAAUCACCUUCAGGAAAAAAAAAGACUUGAUCUUCAGCACCGUGUUUGGACCUUCCGCAGUUGCCACUUUUGUGUGGUAGUAAUGUUUCGUUUGUGUAGUUCAAUGUCUGAUCCUUUCAAGUGUCUUGCCUUAUUCUGAAGGUAUUUACAGUGGUACACGUGGGAAGUCUUUAGGUAACGUCUGUAAGUCCUUUCUCUGCGAGUUAUUAUUUUGCAAUACUCCUGUAAGUCAUGAACUCAACCCAUAAAAUAUCUCCACUGCACUUUAUGAAAUGCAUUAGGAUGAAGCUGAAUGAUUCAGAUUUCAGCAUGCGUCCUUCAACAGUGAAAUAAGUGUUAUUGACUUUGAAGGGAAAUGUGUUGUGGCUAGCCGCACCACAAAUUGUUAGUGUCACUAGCAGCCUUUAUUUUACUAGAUCUUCAUUGUUGCUGACAUGUGUUAGCACAAACUCAUUUGUAAAUUCACAGAAAAUGCAGGCUCUAUGGUAGGCAGUUCCUCUGCAGUGAAUUUGUGUGCCAGCAAGUUGAGCAGAUAAAGGUUGCUAACAGAAUGAAACCAUUUCGCUGAUGAAGCCAGUAAGUGGAAAUACCUGAAACGUUUUGCCUCAUUCUUCUAAAGAAAUGGUGAGUGUGGAUCUUUUAUGAAUGUACUCUUGUGAAAUUCUUUGAUGCACUCCUGUUUUAACCUGUGCACUUCAAUAGGAGCACAGUCAGCACUACUAAGUCAUGAAAGAUAAAAGGCAAACCACUCUCUUGCCAAAGUGCUGGAUAUUUGUUAGUAUUGUCUCACAGUUCAGGACAUGAAACGGUUUGGCCCCAAGAAUGGUUAAACAUGCAGGGCAGAGAAUGAGCCAGAAGAUGGUGUCUCUUUGCAUUAUAGGUUUCUGGCUGCUUGUUUCAAUGUGGCAGUCUUCCUCAGGCUAGCCUGUUUCCAUAAGCCAUGCCGACCCACAGCUGGCAUUUGUCCCCGCUAAAAAGGCAAAUUCGGUUUAUGGCCAGCCGUAGUGAGGUAGGAUUAAAAACGGGUCACUCCAGGUGCAGCUGGUUACCUAGUACUCAGUGUGGCGGGGGCAUGGUUACACUACAUUUUCCCAGAAGCUGGCAUGUCUAUGGGACUGCCUGGCACAAUAGUAAGUAAAUAGGAGGUCUUCACGAGAUUAGAUUAAUUUUUUUAAGGAAGCAUGAUGAUAUGAACAUGUAGCCAGACUGAGAUAUUGUUUGCUGCUUUGGAGAAAGAGGGAAGCUUUCAUUUUCAUGUUGUUCAUACUGGUGUCCUUUGUGUGUGCUCACAUGCUGGCUACAGCUGAAUGAGAAUUUCUGUGUUUUGCCAAGGAGACAUGCAGGUUAGCUCUCAAUGUUACAGAUCAGGUGAUGCAGUAUGAUGUUAAAGGCUGUCAAGAUCAACUGCUUUUCAACCCUAGCUGUUAGUUAAGUGAC